AUGUGGGCAACUGCAGUAAAUGACACCUCGUACGAGUAUGACUCGUUUCUGGAAUACUUCAAGAAAAGUGUUCAUUUCACGCCUCCCGACAAUGAGAGACGUCCGCCCAAUGCAUCCGUCAGCUACAGUCCAGCAGCAUUUUCUCGUACUGGUGGUCCGCUUCAGGUUUCAAUUCCGAUAUGGGCCAAUUCAUUCUCUUCUUUUGCUAAGAUAGGUUACGAUCGCCUUGGUAUAAAACAAGCAGUGGACUUUGUUAGCGGUGCUUUGGCAGGCGUGCAAUACAACAUGAACACCAUUGACCCUCAGAAGCAAACCCGAAGCUCGUCUGAGACAGCCUAUCUGCGCAUGAUUGGCAGCAGUCGAUCAUUCCAGAUUUACAACAACACUAUGGCACAGAAGAUACUUUUUUAUGGAACCACUGCAUCUGGUGUCCGUGUCAUGUCAAGGAACCUCACCUACACGCUUACAGCGAGGAGAGAGAUUAUAGUGUCUGCUGGUGCCUUUCAGUCUCCUCAGCUGUUGAUGGUCUCCGGCGUUGGUCCUGCAAAGACGCUACGCCAGUUCAAUAUACCGAUCAUCGCUGAUCUUCCUGGUGUCGGUCAAAACAUGUGGGAUCACUUGCUAUUCGGCACAAGCUAUCGGGUGUCAACACUUACACACUCAGCUACCUCCAACUCCACAUUCCUCGCAGAGGCCACGGAAGAGUAUAUGACGAAGAAUGGCAGCGGCCCCCUGGGAAACCCCGGUGCUGAUCUAAUAGCUUUCGAGAAACUGUCAUCUCCAGAGCGCGAAUCACUAACUCCUGCGACUCGUGCUGCCCUCGCGGACUUUCCACCGGAUUGGCCAGAAAUUGAGUAUCUGGCUCUCGAUGCAUACAUGGGCAACAACAGCAACCAUAUUACCGGAGCACCCAAGACGCCUUAUAUGUACGUGAGUCCCGUGGCAGCCAUCGUAGCACCGUCUAGUCGUGGAAACGUGUCGAUUGCGAGUGCGACCAUGGAGGAUGCCCUCCGCUAA